UGCAGAUGCAGAGACAGCUCCACACACACACACCCCACUCAUCCCUCAUCCCACAUGAUUUCUUUCACUUCUCCCCCAAUCCCCCUUCUUCUGUUUUUUCUUACUUACUAAGCAAAUAAUUAACAUGUUAAUUAAAUAAUUAAUUACAAGAAGAAUAAAACUUUUUCUGCCAGCUCUAACCAGAUAGCAUUACACAAUUUUAUGACACACCACCCUUUCUUUUUGUUCCCUUCUGUCUUUAUCCUUCCAUUUUCAUUUUGCAUUCGUUUGUUUCAUUUUUGGUGUUCUCAGAAGAGGCUUGUUCUUCUUGUUAACUGCUCCUACAUCUUCAUUUGCCUUGUUUUGUGUCUCAUUGUUCUGUGCAACACAAGAAGAUUUUUCUUUGAAGCACUGAUUCCAGUUUAUUAUUAUUGUCAUUAUUUUUUUUUUUGCCUUGCAGUUUUUCUUGAGUUGGGAAAAAAAAGCGGUGACCAAAAAAGGGAAAAAAAAAAGAUGAAGUGUUAGUCGGUUAGUCUUAACUGGAAAUCUUGGGAUUGGAGUUUCAGUAGAAUGAUAAAGUUUUGAACUUUCAUGUUUUUAAGAAGCCAAAUCUGAAGGAUUUGAUGAAACUGGCUGAAGGGUAUUUAGUUCCUGUUUCAUUUCAUCAUGAAAUGUUGAAUUGUAGCCAGCAGCACUAGGUAAAGAAGAAGAAGAAGUGGUGCAUUUACUUAUCUUGAUGAUGAUACUUUUCUAGAAGGGGUUUUAAUUCUGAAGUGUUGUGGUGUGAGUAGAUUUGAGAGUGUUGAAAUGAUAAGUUAUUUAGUGAUUGGUUAAUUGUGGGGUUGUAAUUACCAAUUAUAGGGUUGCAAUAGAUUGAUAUGGCUGCAAAGCUUCUGCAUUCUUUGGCAGAUGAUAACCCAGAUCUGCAGAAGCAGAUUGGAUGUAUGACUGGGAUUUUCCAGCUCUUUGAUCGCCACCAUGUUCUUGCGCCUCGCCAUAAGAGGAUUUCUGCUGGCAAUCCUCACUUCGGUGAUGGCAGCUUGGAAACAGAUUCGAAUAACAUGCUCCAUCAACAGACAACAAUGGAUAUGAACUUCAAGAAGGGUGUGAAUGAAAAACAGAGAACCUCGACUGAAUCGUCAAGACCAUCCUUCUCUUCUUGUUCAUCAUCACUAUCCUCCUUGGAUUGUAAGGCCGAAGCUGAAGCUACCUUCGACGGGAUUGUUUUUCCUGAAACUCUUUCAACUAUCUCUCCCCAUUUAGCACGUCACACACUUGACCUUAGGGAUGUAGUGAAGGAUUCAAUGUAUAGGGAGCCCCGAGGGCUGUCGGUUAAGACUACUGCCAAAGAGGAAGCUGCCUUUCAUACUAUGAAGCACAAGGAUUCUCCGCGACCUUUUCGUCCGUCGAAAGCUGUUGAUGGAUGUUAUGGAGUUGGAAUAGAUGGGAAACAUAGUGUGCCUGUUGAUCUAAAUGAUUCCAUGCGAGUGCUUGCUAAACUUAGAGAGGCACCUUGGUAUUAUGGAGAAAUGAGACCGUCGCAUGAAGUGAAAGACGGAAAAUGGCAUUCAAUCUCAAAGGAUUCCCCUCGGUUUGCUUAUGACAGAAGGGAAACCAGCCGUUUUUCUUUUGAAUCCCACGACACUAUCAAAUCGACACCAAAGAUAAGAGAAUUUCCAAGACAUUCACUAGAUAGUAGGGAAGGCACGUGGCGCGGUCACAAUGCCGAAUCAAAACCAAGUCACCACUCAAGCAAAGCUUACAGCUGCACCUCCACCUCAAAUAACAAAGUUUCUAGCCCACAACAGUCUUCGACUAUCCAGAGCCGGCCUCCGAGUGUUGUAGCAAAGUUAAUGGGCUUGGAAGCAUUGCCGGAUUCUGCUUUGGCCAGUUAUACUCAAUCAAGUCCAGGUGAGACUUACACAGCUCAAGAUAAUGGUCAGUUUCCAAUAUCAAGAGAUGGAUUCACCUGGCCACUCCGAGUUUCUAGUUCCCCGAAAAUCUCAUUGAAAGACCCAACAUCCCCUCGGCGGAAGAAUGCUGAUCUGGUUAUGAAACCCAUCUCAAGUGCUAGAGUUCCCAUUGAGCCUGCACCAUGGAAGCAGCAGGAUGGAAAUAGAAGCUCUCAGAAAACAAGUUCAACAGCAACAAAAGCUCCCGCAAGAACACCGGAUUCAUUUACCUCGGUUUAUAGUGACAUUGAGAAGAGAUUGAAGGAUCUUGAGUUCAAACAAUCUGGAAGGGAUCUCAGAGCAUUAAAACAGAUACUAGAAGCAAUGCAAGAAAAGGGACUAUUAGACAACAGAAAAGAAGAGCAAGCUCCAAAUGUUGCUCGAAAUCAAAGAGACUAUGAACCAAAAGUUAUCAAUUUAAUCGAGAAUUCUACAUCGGCAAGGCAUCAAAAUCCCCAAGGAAACAAUGCUCUGUCGUCUACAAUCAAGGGAUAUGACUCGGCAAGAGCGUUUGAAUCCCCGAUAGUGAUCAUGAAACCUGCGAAAUUUGUUGAGAAAACCAGGAUUUCUGCUUCUUCAGUCACACCAAUUGGUUCCCAGAAACUCCAGAGCAGUGGUGCAUAUGUAAAUAAAAAUGCUCUGUCUUCAACCGGGGAAGUGAAAGAUCAGCCUUCUAACACUAGUCACUGCAACCGUGAUGCUUCUACGAGUGCCGUCGAUAAGAAAGCAAGAAAUGGGAAGACUAUGAAACAAGCACAAACACAAACAAGGUCUCAACAAUUUCCAAGAGAGAAUAGCCCGAGUUCGGUAAAGCACUCCAGAUCUGUAAGCCCAAGAAUGCAACAGAAGAAGUUGGAGUUAGAUAAGAGAGCUCGUCCGCCUGCGCCACCAGUGGACUCAAACAAACCAAGAAGGUUAACUGGUAAGAAGACGGCAGAAUUAGGUCCCCCGGCCGGAAAAAUAAGGCCAAAAGGCCGCAACUCACGGCCUGGUGACGAGCAAAUGAGCGAGGCAAGCACUGAAUCAAGAAGCUUAAGUUGCCAAGGGGACGAUGUUUCUCUGAAGUCCGAUGGUAUCACCGUCGAUUCAAAGACGGAUAUUGAAUUCACCAGCAGUUUAAGAUCUGCUGAAAUUGAAGAUGGCCAGAGCCCAUCCUUGAAGGCUAUGAAGCAAUUGGUUUCACAAACAGUGCAAAAAUCAUCUGAGAGGUUGGAUCAGGAAAUGUUUCCUCAAGAGGUUAAAAUUCACCAAUCUUGUUCAGCAGAUAAUGAGAAUCAAGAUCUGUGGAACACUGCGGAUAGCCUUUCUUUUAACAGCUCCGGUGAGAUGAAUCGCAAGAAACUGCAGAGCAUAGAUCAUCUUGUUCAGAAGCUCAGACGGCUAAACUCUAGUCACGACGAAGCUAGAAUCGAUUACAUUGCUUCGCUAUGCGAAAACACAAAUCCAGACCACAGAUACGUAUCUGAAAUACUGUUGGCCUCAGGUCUCCUACUCAGAGAUCUGAGUUCUGAAUUGUUGACAUUUCAACUGCACACGUCCGGUCAUCCGAUUAACCCGGAGCUUUUCCUUGUACUGGAGCAGACGAAAGCGAGUAGUUUGCUUGCGAAAGAAGAAAGCACUGGAAAAGUUGCCUACCCGAAGCUAAAUGCCGAGAAGUUUCACCGGAAACUCAUCUUCGAUGCUGUGAACGAGAUCCUCGGUGUGAAACUAGGCUCCUCUACUGAGCUAUGGUUUCAGCCCAGCACAGUCAAUCUCGCGAAGAAAACCGUUGGCGCGCAAAAGCUUCUCAAAGAACUAUGCUUCGAGAUAGAGAAAAUGCAAGCCAAGAAUCAUGAUUGCAGUUUAGAAGAGGAGGAUAGUCUGAAAAGCAUGCUAAUGGAAGAUGUCAUGCAUGGUUCUGAGAGCUGGACCGAAUUCAACCGCGAUUUACCCGGGGUUGUGUUGGAUGUUGAGAGACUGAUAUUCAAGGACUUGGUCGACGAGGUUGUGAUCGGCGAAUCGGUUGGCUUGCGAGUCAAGUCAUCGGUGCGGCGGCGGAGGCAGUUUAGGAAGUAGUUUUGUUGCAUUCCUCCCUUUCUCAUUGAUACUAAGUUCACUUUGUUCCUAUCAUUUGCAUAUAAUUCUUUUAUAUUGCAUACAAGUUUGCUUGUUAGAUCUUUGAUUAUAAUUAUUAUUAUUUUUUUGGCUAAGAUGUAAAGAAAAUAAUAUGACUUAUCAUGGGUUUAUUGUCAUAGAUAUAUAUACGUAAAAGGUAAAAACUAGUUAUGU